AUGGAGAACGAUGCCUUCGUGGAUCUGACUGAGCCUUCACCGGUUGCAACAUCACACGGUAUAAGGGGUCCCGUAUCACCAACAUUACAACUGUCGCGGUCUCGCCCCAGUUCAUCACCUGACUUUGACGGUGCCAGAGACGAGGCCAAACGCCGGAGAUUAAACAAUAGAAACAAUCGCGACAGUGACCUAAUAGCUGGGUCGUCUUCCCAUAGGCAUCAAACAGUGGAGAGUACGGCUCUGGGUGACGUCGAGGCUGUGGAUUUAACUAGUGUUGAUGACUCCUCUUCCCUAGCACAAGUCCUUGCCAAGCAAAGAGAGGAUGCAAUCCUAGCUCAGAAAAAUGCUACAAACGACAAGGAAGCAAAGUCUACGCUGACAGCUUACAAAUGUCCUGUUUGCAUGGAUGUACCUGAGAAUGCCACAAGUACUAUAUGUGGUCACCUAUUCUGCCAUAAAUGUAUUAUUGACAGCCUCAAAUACAACGAGACUCGUCGUACACUUGAAGGUGCUGGAAAGGGGGCCAGAGGAAGUUGCCCAGUUUGUCGCAAAACUAUAUCUGUGGCAGACAGUCCUGGUCCCAGGCGAAACCUUGUGCCUUUACAAUUUAAAUUGAUAACUCGAAAAAAGGGGUAA